AUGGCCGCUGUUGUAUCGCCGGCUCCUGCACACACGUUCGAGAGAUCAAACCUCACUCGUUCGCAUACUUUGCCAUACAAAGAUACCAAGCGACCACAAGAUGGCAAAGACAAAGUGCGGUUCCGCCAGGAUCAACUGGAUACCGGAGCUCGUGUCUUAAGUGACGGCCGGUUAGACAUCCAUAUCGACCAACAUAAACCGAGCAUUGCAGGGCUAUUGAAUCACAUUCAACACCCGGAUAUACGUUCUGACCAAGUUGCCGAACAAACCGCCGGUGCAGAGAAACCCUUGGCAAAUGAUGAGAAUUUCCCACUGCACUUGAACCUCGUUAUCCAAGUAAUUGGUUCUCGAGGCGACAUACAACCGUUUGUUGCGCUAGGGAGAGAGCUGAAAUCCCACGGCCACCGAGUCCGAUUGGCCACACAUCUAACGUUUCGGCAAUUCGUUCUUGAGAGUGAGCUGGAGUUCUUCAAUAUCGGGGGAGAUCCAACAGAGUUGAUGGCUUUCAUGGUCAAAAAUCCGGGCCUUUUACCGGGCUUUAAGGCCAUACGCAGCGGAGAGAUCCAAAAGCGUCGACGUGAGAUGAGGGAGAUUUUCAAUGGAUGUUGGAGAUCCUGCUUUGAAAAGGGAGAUGGGACUCAUCUUCACCAAAUCAAGGAAGAUCCCUGGAGCAAAGCUUUGGAUUUUCGAGAACGGCCUUUUGUGGCGGAUGCUAUAAUAGCCAAUCCUCCGAGCCUGGCCCAUAUUCAUUGCGCGCAACGACUAGGCAUCCCUCUGCAUAUCAUAUUUACUAUGCCCUGGUCGCCAACCCAGUCAUUUCCCCACCCAUUAGCGAAUGUUCUUUCCCGGAACUGCAAACCGAACGUCGCAAACUUCAUGUCGUAUAAUAUUGUAGAUGUAAUGGUAUGGGAAGGGCUGGGAGAUAUUCUAAACACGCUUCGCAAAAACAUAUCACUCCAGCCUCUGGACGCAGUGACCGCCUCGAAUAUACUCCACCGGCUGCGUGUCCCGCAUACUUAUCUCUGGUCUCCCUCAUUACUACCCAAGCCUCCUGAUUGGGCUGACAACAUCGAUGUCUGCGGCUUUGGCUUCCUCAUGUCAGAAAGCAACUACACGCCACCCCCGGAAAUCGCCGCAUUUCUUGCCUCGGGGUCAAAGCCAAUAUACAUCGGAUUCGGCUCGAUCGUGGUUGAUAACCCCGCCAAAUUGACGAAGAUUAUUUUUGAAGCAGUCCAAAAAACCGGACAGCGGGCCCUUGUCUCGAAAGGCUGGGGAAACUUGGGUGCAGACGUAGUGCCGGAAAACAUUCUUAUGAUUGGAAACUGCCCUCACGAUUGGCUCUUUCGGCAAGUUUCAUGUGUGAUUCAUCAUGGUGGCGCGGGCACUACUGCGGCAGGCCUCGCCCUAGGUCGACCGACGAUAAUUGUCCCAUUUUUCGGAGACCAGCAAUUUUGGGGGAAUAUCGUUGCGCGGGCUGGAGCAGGACCUGUCCCGAUAACGUAUAAACGUUUAAAUACUCAAAACCUCUCAGACGCAAUCGAGAAGGCGCUGGAGACGAGCACAUUGGACAGAGCACAGGCGAUUGCGAUGAAAAUGCAAGAAGAGUCUGGCGUCCGCCAUGGGGUAAAAAGCUUUUAUCGAAAUUUUGAUCCCCAGCUAUCCAGAUGCUCUGUCAUCCCGAAUCAGCCAGCUGCUUGGCAUCUCAAACAUACGGACAUUAAAUUGAGUGCUUUUGCUGCAACGGUUCUGGUAAAAUCUGGGAAGAUCAGUCCAGACAUGCUGGUGCUUCACCGUCCUAUGGAAUAUGACACAUUCAUGGACCCCACAAACCCGCUUGCUGCGGGUGCCCAAGUGCUAUUCGGAGCGCUGACAAGCUUCAUCACUGGUUUCGUAGAUGUCCCAAGAGAGAUAACGAGCGAUAUUGUUUCUGCGGCUCGCGCACUAAGUCACCCCCGCAAAGAUUAUGAUCGCCAAACAGCAUGUCGAGCAGCAGCAACAUCUUCACUGGAUCCAAUGUCCCCAGUAGACAGCAUUGAGAGCGAAGAAACAAGUAUUGACAAUGAAAUCCAGCAAUCACAGAUUGAGAAUGAAGAGCAAAGAUCUGGAGACAAUCCAGAAGAUGAAAGUACACAGGAAGACACUGGUGAUGAGGACUUUAGUGGAGAGCAUAUCAACGAAAUCGCUCGCGUUCAGAGCAUAGAGCGCAAAAGAGAUCUUCAGCUGAAAACGGCAAAGCCAAUGAGCAGCUCGAUGACUCCCUCGAAACCCCCCCGAUUCAUCAUUUUGCACGAAGCCAUGAUACAAGGAAGCAAGAUGUCCAAAAAGGUUGCCAAGGUAGUCAUACGGCUACCGGCUGACUUCUCGUUGGGUAUGACCAGAGGUUUCCACAACGCACCCAAAUUAUAUCACGAUUCAACAGUCACCGACAACCCCCAAGUAGUCAGUCUUCGAAGUGGCUUCUCAGCGGCAGGAAAGGAGCUCCGAGAUGGGGUUUACUUCGGUAUCACAGGCAUAGGGACACACCCGCGUGAUGGUUUCAAGAAUGAGGGUGCGAAAGGUAUCUUCAAGGGGGUUGGGAAAGCGAUCGGAGGCUUAUUUCUCAAGCCGACAGCAGGGCUUUGGGGUUUAGCGGGAUAUCCGUUGAGUGGGGUACUGAGAGAGAUCAACGACUCACUGGGCAGACAUCAAAAAUGCAUGAUUGUCAUGGGUCGGAUUUCACAGGGACUUGAAGAAAUGCAAGAGUCUACAGCCCAAGACAGGGAAGAAGUAUCUACGGCGUGGGAUCAGAUUGAAGACGACUUGACAAGGUCGCAUAAAUGGCACGCCCAUGCUGGCUAG